UCGCAUUCUUUUUGGUUUCUAGUCGCUUUUCCGCGCCGAAGAGAAGAAUUGCGCGUGUGUAUAAACAUCCCGGAGCUUUGUUAGUCACCCAUCUGUUCGCAGCUGCAGCCGGUCCACGGCUCCGUGUGUUAGCCGAACAUGUCUGCGGAGGAGGCGGACAAAACAACCACCACUGAUGCCAGCGCCGGAGACGAGGAGGAGGAAUGGCUGUAUGGAGAUGAGUCUGAGAGCAGAGACGAGGAUGAAGAGGCCAAGCUGAACGCAGCAGUCAGUGCACCUGCUGAUGCUUCCAUAGAGGAUGCUGCUGAACAUGCAACAGGAAAUGGAGUGGCCUCUGAGGCCACAGGUGAAGCAGCAGCUGAAGACGUGGACAGUGAUAGUGACAGCGAUGAUGACGACGAUGACGUCCGAGUCACCAUCGGAGACAUUAAAACCGGAGCACCACAAUACACAACUUAUGGAGCUACUCCUGUAAAUCUCAACAUAAAGACAACAGGCUCCCGGCCUUAUGGACAAGUGAAUUCAAAGAUGAAGGGAGUGGAUCUUGAUGCUCCUGGAAGCAUCAAUGGGGUUGCAGUGGUGGAGGCGGACAUGGAGUCAUUUGAAGAGAAACCCUGGAGAAAGCCAGGAGCGGAUCUGUCCGACUACUUUAACUAUGGCUUCAAUGAAGACACGUGGAAGGCGUACUGUGAAAAACAGAAGAGGCUGCGUAUGGGUCUGGAGGUCUCUACAGUCAGUUCAGGGACGAGCAAGAUCACAGUUCAGCAAGGCAGGACAGGCAACGACAAAGACAUAUCCAGUUUGCCUGUUCAUACCUCGAAGCCAGACUUCACGUCUCCCAUCAACAUGUAUAAGAAUACGAUCAGUCAGGUCACCAGAAUUACACCUGGACACCUCCAGGAUUACCAGAUUCCCCGUGGUGAAAAUAGGAUCUCUCCCCCUCAGUGGACUGGCCCACCUGUUCCGGACAUGUCCUAUUAUACGAAGAGCGGUGUCAUAGAUGUGAUUGGUGGACAGACGGCCACCAUCAGCCGGGUGGAAGGACGACGCAGACACAACCUGGAGGGCAACAAUAUCACGGUGAUCUCUGAACACUCCACGUCGGAUGCUGAGCCCACUCCAGCUAAGAUUCCCACCUUCUUCCCUCCAGGACCUCUUCCUCCGAACAUACCCCCACCUCCAUUUCUCCCUCCGCCACCAAAUGUCAGCACUGCACCCCCACUCAUCCCCCCACCCAGGUUACCCAUUACUGUCCCGCCCCCUGGUUUUCCUCCUCCACCUAGUGGGCCCCCACCUGCAAUCAUCCCCAAUAUGGACAGUGGCCACCCUGGAGGUUAUGAUGGACGCCCUGUUCCUCCUUAUCCGUUCCCUCAAGGUGCUUACCCUCCACCUAUGACUGGAGGUGUGCCUCCUCCAUGGCCCCCAAUGAUGGACAACUCGAAACCCUGGGAUUAUUAUCCCCGCCGAGAAGAAAAGAGAGAGAAGGACAGAGAGAGGCCCAGGGAGAGGACACAUGAACGGGAAAGAGAACGGGAGCACAGUCCUUCAGCUAUGAGCUACACUAGCGACGAGGAGCGUUAUCGUUACCGCGAGUACCAGGAGCGUGGUGGUUACGUAGAGCGCCAUCGUGAACGGACGAGUCGAGAGAAGGAGGAAAGACACAGAGAGAGGCGGCACCGAGAGAAAGAGGAGGGACGCCACAAGUCCUCUCGCAGCAGCAGCAGCAGGAGGAGGCACGACAGCGAGGAGGGCGACAGCCACCGGAGGCACAAACACAAGAAGAGCAAGAGAAGCAAGGAGGGCAAAGAGCCGGGCGAGGAGAUCAGCGCAGACCAAGAGAACCAGGAGGCCAUGGAGUAGUGAUGCCUCUACACGUCUUUACUCUGUCUCCCUCUGUCCAUCCUUUCCCCAACAAGAUGAGAGAGAGAGAAGGAAAAAACGAGAAGAUGAGGGCCGACCAACAAAACCAGAAAGUUGCAGAGUGAUCAGUGUGUCCUGUCACUCCCCUCUCCAUCAGUCUCCAUCCUCCCCCGCUGCCGUUCAUCCUCACCAUCACUUCAAACAGAGAAUUGAUGAGCCUCGGGGAGGUAAUGAAGGAGGGAUGUUUGUCCUCUUUUCAUCCAUCUCUCCUUCUUUAGCUGACAUCAAUCUUCAAACACCACGUUUCUCUCCCAGAUCUUUUCUCCCACCGCGCUGUAACAACUGUCCUGCUCACAGAUUGCACUGUGUAGUCAGGACGAUCAGAGGAAUUUUCUCUUUUCCUGUCAUUUGGUUUGUUUGUUGUCCUUUCGUUCUUGUAUAAAGACACCGUUAGAGCUGUCAGUCUAAGUUCAAGUAAAAACAUUUUUGAUAAA